GCCUGUCUUGCCGGUUUCCUUCGCUUUCCAGCCCGUCCGUGAGCUGAAAGGCCGAGAUGAAAAUAACAGGGAUAUUUGGCCAAGUACGUAGUACAGGUCCACGCCGCGAAUCCAUUCGAACGAAAAGCCAAGACGAAAGAGAAGUAGGAGGGAGGACGAGCGAAAACGAUCUGGUGUGAAAAGGCCCGAUAUCGGUGGUGCCAUGCUUUCCCGCGAAACAAGAAUCAACGAACGUGUCCAAUCGUCACUAAUGCUUAUUCGAGGCUGGACCAAUGGUCGGCAAGUAGCACGAGGCUAUCAACCGACCGAAUGUAACAGCACCGCCAACCAAGUUACUUGCUAAAAGUCUUCGAGUCGCGGCUAUCACAUCCUUGAUCAUUGUCAACCGAUACCUCCUGCAGUCGUCAAUAAACCUCGGUACGUCCUCCUCGACUGGGCUGGCCAACAUGUACACUUUCAUCACACGUAUCUGUGUGGCCUACGCACUCCUUGCUGUGGCCUUCGCCGAGAUACCAUCAUACAUGAAAAUAUGCAGUCGAAAGGAUCCAAAUAUAAAUAACUGUGUAUUAAAUUCAAUUGAACAAUUGCGGGGCAAAUUGAAAGUUGGAAUUCCGGAAUUAGAAGUUCCAGCAAUAGAGCCGCUUGUACUGAAGCACGUGCGGCUAUUGAGAGGUCCUCAAGCUGCGAGGCUUGACGUCAACCUCACAAAUAUACAGGUAUUUGGACCAUCUACGUUUAAAAUCCGGGAUUUGAAAAUCGACCCGGAGAAUGUGCUCAUUACUUUCAAAGUUGGUUUCGACAAGCUUAACUUCCGUGGAAAAUAUAAAAUAAACGCACAGAUUCUUUUACUCCAUCUGGUUGGAGAGGGAGGCCUCACUGGAACUUUCUUUAAUUACGACAGCGACUGCUUGCUGAAGUCUCAUAAAAUCGUAAAAAAUAACAACACCCAUGUAAACUUUGAAAGGAUGAAAUUUAAAAUCAAGAUAGAGAAAGCUAGAAUCAAUCUUGAUAAUCUAUUCGGUGGCGAUCCUAUUCUCGGACCAGCGAGCAAUGAGGUUUUGAACGCAAACAACGAUUUAUUGUUAGAUGAAAUAAAACCAGCACUGGAAGACUCCUUGUCAGAUCUCUUCACCAACAUCGCUAACAAGAUCACCGGAAUAUUCACAUACGACGAAUUGUUUCCGAAUAAUUAAUUUUUAUUUUAAGAAUCUGUUCUUUAUAGAUCAAUUAGAUUCAAUAAUAAUUUUGAUGGGAUUGUAAUAUUUCUGUAAUAUUCCUGUAUUGGUCUCUUCUGUAUAUCUCAUAGCACUUAUGACUAUUAUAAUACACAAACACAGAUAACAUGUAACUGUAUUGGUAUUAAUACGUUGACUGCCGUGUUGAAAUUACAACAAAGUAACUUUUUGUGAUUUAUUUUUCUUUUAGAGAAAAUGUGCAUUAAUAUCUUCUCAAUAAAUGGUGUUAUUAUUGUGCUUUAAUCCGAAAUGCAUUUAGCAAUCAGCGUGUUAAGAGUACUGUAAUAAUGCCAUAUAAUUCACAAAAUAAUUCUAUAGAAAGAUAUUUUAGAUAUGUAUAUAAUUUCAUUUACUAAUUCAUUGUCUAAAAUAGGCAACUUAAAAUAGUAAAACUUGUUAAUUAGUUUGCGUUGCGUUAUAAACAUUGAAUGUGAUUAUGUUACAUUUUAGUAUUUAGAUUAUAUAGUAUAAAGAAAGUGUCAAGACCCCCAAAUAUUUCGGCAACUUUUUCAAAAGAAUGUUUUAAAUAGAAAUUUUACAGCUUUAGGAGAAAACUAUAUUACAAAUAGCUUUUACAACAUACUUACGUUUCUUAUAAGAUAUCAACAUCAUAUUUUUCCAUAUGCAUAUAUAAAAAAUUUUUUACGUGCAUUAUAUUCUUUUGC